GCAACGAAGACAAAUAGCGAGCCGAUUGCUGCAGACGGUGUAUCGGCUGCAAAGGAGAAGAAGAAGCACAGCAGCAGCAGCGUCGACGUGAACACGCUCUACUCGGCGAUCAAGGCAAAGAACCAGGAAGCUUCGGCAGAAAGAGGAGAAGAAGGAGAUGACAAUAACAAUGAAAGUUCAACACCCGAGAAAGAGGCAGCCGCCGCAAAAGCAGCUAUUCCCUGUCCGAUUGACAUUAAAGUCGAAUCGAUAUCUGGCGCCUCCAGCCUGCAAACGACCCCGCUGAAGCAGUCAAAUGCUUGCAGUCCUAAUGAACCAGAAUCGGAGUCAGCGGCUGCUGUUGCUGUCGCCGGUGCUAAUCAGCAGAAGGAAUCAGUCAGCUCACACACUGCGAAUGGUCAUGGCUGUAAGGCUGGUGCUAGUGCCGAAACCAAGAGUGCCUCAACCGAUAAGGGGGCGAUCGUUAGCACUGCUGCUGAUCGGAAAGCCUCAACAGUAGACAACUGUGAUACAGCUGCUGCUUCGGUUGCGACCACUGAAGCAGAGCAGAGCACUCCUGUCACGACUGCAGAGAACAGCCGUGAGCCCAGUCCGGGCCUGCAGUCCAUUGCUUCCUCUUCCACUACCGGCAAGACCUCCUCCUCUUUUAAGAAGGGCCGAUCCAUCAAGAGGCUGCUGAAGCGUGUCGAGCAGCUUGGAGUGCACCACCACCAUCACCACCAUAACCACCAUCAACACAACCACAAUCAUCAGCAGCACAACAGCUCCUCAUCGUCAUUCACUGCCAAUCGGGAGACGGCAAUCGCAAUUGAUGCCACCAGUAGUUCAGCAAAUGAUAACGCCAGUAGUGGAGGUGCUGCUAAUAACGCCGCAACAUCUUCUGCAUCCAACAACAGUGGUGGCCACUUGUCGGCGAAUGAUGUUCGACUGGUGCGGAACAUGCUGCACGGCAGUGCUCAAGGUGGAAUUGGACAAGGAGGAAGUGACAAUGGCGACGGCGGCGGUGGCGAGUGGUUCCCCGAGAUUCCCUUUCAAAAUAUAAGCGACCUGAGGUACUCCACCGAGGAGGACCCUUUUGAUUUGGCGGCUGUCAGCAGUCGUUUAGCGCAUUUAGAGGCUAAUGGGGGAAUGGUCAGUUUAGCAGCUUGCAAUGCCAACUGCAGUGCAUCCAUCACCAUUGACCAGAAUAGCAGCACCGGAAACAACAUUACUUCGGCCGUCAAUAGCACCAGCAACAACAACAACAACAACUGCAGCAGCAGCAAAACGCUGGUCACCGGUCUGGACGGCACCUCAAACCUCCUCUCAGUGCCCAGUCGCAAAUCAUCAAUGUCACCUACCAGCCAAGCAAAGAGCAGCGUCAUCGAGUGCGAGGAGAUCAGCGGCGCCGCGGAGAUCAGCGACUUUGUCGUCGAGACGGACCUCAGCCGGGGCGGCCACUCUGCGGGCCUCAGCAGCACCACGGCGGUCAAAAAGUCAAAGAAGCUCUACAAGAAGGUCCUCUCCAUGAGCGAACAGGUGGACGCCUUCAUUGACCAGUGCAUUGAGAUUGAGUCGAAUAAGCGGAUGUUCCAGGAGAAUGUCAACUGGUUCCUCCUUACCUUUGAGUCACGCGACUACGAGAGUGCG